GUCAAUUCUCAAUUUAAUUACACCGAUGUCAUUGCUUAAUCCUAUCCUUGUUCAAAAUCAUAUGGAACUUUAUAAAAAUGGCACUUGUUAUAUUUUUAUCAAACGGUGAUGGGCUGAGUCUAGAUUUAAACCCUUUAAUUGAAGUUUCUCUACUUGUGCAGAUCAUAUGCGAGCAUCUAAAGAUAUCUAAUAAUGGAGAGUUAUUUACAUUAUGGUUAAUUUCUCCUUUAUUAGAAAUUCAAUUAAAACCCUAUCAUAUACCAUUGACUAUAAGAUCAAACUGGGAAUAUCUUUUGAAAAAAUACACCAAUAAUAUAUCUCAAGAAUUAUCUAUAUUAGAUGAACCCAAUCUUAUAUUUAAGAGAAAUAUUUACAAUGAGUUUACCAUUGAAAAAGAUAUUGUUGAUAUUAAUGUCCUAAGAUUAUUAUAUGAAGACACAAUUGACAGUUUUAGCAAGUUGUUUUAUAAAAUUGAUCACGAUCUCAUUAUAAAAAUUACCUCAACUAUAAUAUCUAUUCAAUUAUAUAAUAAAAAUAUCUUAGCUGAAAAUAAUGACAACGUUCAUUUAACCAAGAUGAAAUUUUGGAAAGUAAUACCGGCUAAUUUGUGGAAUUACAUAGAAUUCAACUUCAUUCCUAAACGAAAAUGGAAAAAUAUAUUUGCAACUCCCGCUGACAGUAAUAUUAUGAAAGAAAUCAUAUUUGAAGCGCAAAAGAACUACAAAAGAGAACACGACCCCCCGAACAUAAUCGAUCUUUAUAAAGAAUUUUUAUUUCUGUGUCACAGCCUUCCAUCAUAUGCAUCUGUCUCCUUCGAUGGUUUCAUUCAAACCAAUUUUUUGAAUGAGUUAAAUAAAGAUAAAUUAUAUCAUAUUUUGGUAACCAUCAAUAUUCAAUGCUUAACCGUGAUAGAUAUAACACGAAAUGAAAUACUGUUAAGUUUGAACUACGAUGAUUUUUCUUGGGAUUUAUGCGAAAUGGACAAACCAUAUUUAAUCGAUAAAAAAAUGCCCUCCAUUUUAUUGCAAGUUAAUAAUGAAGUAACACCGACAUUUUGUAGACUGAAUGAGACUUUUUGCCAGACCAAAAUAUUUGUUCUCUACUCCAAACAGGCACCUUUAAUGGACGCUUUGAUUGAAUCGGUCGUUAGGAUUAAAGAGAAAAAUUUAUCGCUCGACGUUCCCGACCAUUCAAACACUGAUGGUGAAAAAAUUAAUCAAAAGUUACCGCAAAUAAUUCACACCUCCCAUACCGAUCAAUAACAUUGAAUGCUUAUGGUAGCUUUCCCUGAAACACGCCGAUUCAUUAGCUUUAAAACAAUAGCGAUUAUGAAAUAAUUUAUUUUGCUAAUUGGACAUAUUAACUCAACGCAAUUUUUUUAUUGAAAAUUGAAUACAAUAAUUUUUUUUAUAAGAUGUAUGGUUUAGGACUAUUAUAAUUAUAAUAAG